GGAUAAAAAAUGGAUUCUAAAAAUAUGAACCACAAUAAGAAAAAAUGAAAAACAAGUCUACGUAGGCAUGAAAAAAAUGAGAAAAAAUGGCUAUUGGGGAUGCCGGCACCACGAUAAUACUACUCCGUCUUAAUAAUUCAAAUUUGGGGUUAAAGAAGGAAAAGAAAGAAAAGUUAAAAGCAAUCGAAACACAUGGUACGUGACUUUGAAUAUAAAGAGAGAGAGUGAGUUGAUCGAGUCAACGGCAAGAUGACAACGAUCAUGAUUCUUCUUCUUCUUCUUCUCUUUGCUUUCUCUACUGUUUUCGCUCCUCUCCCCAAUUCCCCUAAACAUCAAGUGGUUGUUAAUGCUCCUAAAUUUGGAAUUGAAAAUGAUAUGUUCUGGAAAGAUGGACAGCCGUUUCGAAUCAUCGGUGGGGACUUGCAUUAUUUCCGUACUCUUCCUGAGUAUUGGGAAGAUAGGCUAUUAAGAGCCAAGGCUUUGGGUUUGAAUGCCGUUCAAACUUAUGUUCCAUGGAAUCUGCAUGAACCAAAAGAGGGUCAACUGGAAUUCCAUGGUAUUGCUGAUAUAGUUUCAUUUCUUGAGCUAUGUCACAAGUUAGAUCUCUUGGUCAUGCUACGCCCUGGGCCUUACAUAUGUGCAGAAUGGGAUUUUGGUGGUUUCCCUGCUUGGUUACUUACUAAAGAACCGGCCAUCACGCUAAGAUCAUCUGACCCAAGAUACCUUGCUUUGGUUGAUAGCUGGUGGGGAGUCCUACUUCCUAAAAUAGCUCAUCUUCUUUACCACAAAGGAGGACCUAUAAUUAUGGUUCAGAUCGAGAAUGAAUUUGGUUCGUAUGGAGAUGACAAGGAUUAUUUGCAUCAUCUAAUCAACUUAGCUCGGUCAUAUCUCGGGGAUGAUAUAAUUUUGUAUACCACAGAUGGAGGCACUAGAGAUACUCUCACUAAAGGAACGAUACGAGGGGAUACUGUAUUUUCAGCUGUUGACUUUUCAACCGGAGAGGAUCCUUGGCCUAUAUUUAAGAUGCAAAAGGCAUUUAAUGCACCAGGAAAAUCGCCACCCCUUUCUGCAGAAUUUUACACCGGUUGGCUUACGCACUGGGGAGAGAGUAUUGCUAAAACAGAUGCAGCUUCUACAGCAUCUGCACUGGAAAAUAUUUUGUCGAGAAAUGGCUCUGCUGUUCUUUAUAUGGUUCAUGGCGGAACCAAUUUUGGAUUUUACAACGGUGCAAAUGCUGCUCAGGAAUCUGAUUACGAUGCUGAUCUUACAUCCUAUGAUUAUGAUGCUCCUAUUAGCGAGUCUGGUGAUGUGGAUGGGGCAAAAUUCAAAGCCUUGCGGGGGGUUAUAGCCAAGUACAGUGCAACUUCUCUCCCUCCAGUUCCUUUAAAUAAUAAGAAAACAGGAUACGGCCGUAUUCAAUUAGAAAAAACAUCAUCAUUAUUUAAUACACUGGACUUGUCAACCAAAGCUAUUGAAUCUGAGAACCCAAUUUCAAUGGAGGCUGCCGGCCAGAUGUUUGGAUUUUUAUUAUAUGUUUCUGAGUACACUACUAAGGGAAAAAGGAGCACUUUGUCUAUACCAAAGGUGCAUGACAGAGCCCAAGUGUAUGUUACAUGCCUUUCUGAAGAUAAGAGAGAAAAAGCACAAUAUGUUGGCACAAUUAAUAGAUGGUCAAAUACGCAUGUCAACCUCCCCAAUGCUGAAUGCUCUUCCACUACCAGAUUGUUAAUUCUGGUUGAAAACAUGGGUCGUAUUAAUUAUGGACCGUAUUUGUUUGAUAGCAAGGGAAUAUUGUCUGCUGUUUACUUAGAUGGGAAACCUCUGCUCAAGUGGAAAAUGAUUCCAAUUCCUCUCAGCAAUCUAAAUGAAAACAAUCUUUCUUUCAACAAUUCGGUUUCUAAACUUAUUGGAAUUUCUGCCCGUAAAAGCAGCCCUGGGGUGAGUUUAAAAGAACCAGCUUUCUACAGUGGAAACUUUGUUGUUGACAAAGUGACGGACACCUACAUGUCCUUCAAUGGUUGGGGUAAAGGGGUAGCAUUUGUUAAUAACUUCAAUAUCGGGAGAUUCUGGCCGUCUUUUGGAGCCCAGUGUAACCUCUAUGUCCCUGCUCCAGUUCUCCAACGUGGAAAUAACGUCUUGGUGAUACUUGAGUUAGAGAGUCCCGAACCUGAGUUGAUGGUGAAUUCAGUUGACCGGUCAGACUUCACAUGCGACUCAAACCAUUUAAAGGUACGAGAGCUUUAACAUGGUUUGUGUGCAACCUCAAAACAUAACUAUGUUAAUGUAUCUUAUCCUUAUUGUAAAUCUUUGACUCUUGCGUGUUUAUGUGUUUUAAAUUUUUAAUUAACUAGCAAAUACUUCAUAAUCAUACAGAUAUUGUAAUAUUAAAUUAACAUUUUAGUCCUAAUUGGAGGUCAUGAUUUCUAUUUC